CAUCAACCAAGACAUAAAAGUCAACAACAACAGCAACAAAAAGUCAAGAUGCUCAACGGUAAAAAGAUCAUCACCAUUGGUUUGGUAGUAACCUUUGGCAUCGUGAAUGGAUACUACACAUUUGCCCCCAGUCUCCGGGCGGAGAAGGAGAAGCGUGAAGGCCUAAACCUUGGUCCCCCGGCCAAGCCCUCUCCAUAUGAGAUUAGGAAGCAAGAGUGGGAGAAAAGAGAAUGAGAUAUAGGAUGCUAGCAAGGAGUCGAGUAACAACUAGGUAUCGUGAUCAUACCAUCGACCAAGGCAUGAGUUAUAUAUAUUUAAAGGGAUAUGUCGGUCCAUAGUUGUCCCUCUUUU